AUGGGGCUCCAGGCUGGAACGAGUUUUCUUCGUGGGGACCUUGUUCUCCUAUCCACAGUGGUGGCAACGCUUCUCCUCUGCGCAAGCGCUGGCCCGGCACCACCCACUGCCAGCCCUCGGAGUGCCUCAGGGUUCCCCGCAGACUGCAGUCGUCUCCGCAAGAACAGCCCCAGCGGGGUCUACGUCAUCCAGCCGGCAGGAUCCCCUCCGCGCGUGGUCUGGUGCGACAUGGACACCGAAGGCAAGGGCUGGACCGUUGUCCAGAGAAACUCUUAUGACACUGAGCUCAACUGGAAGCAGUCCUGGAGCACCUACAAGUACGGCUUUGGGAACGUGCAGGGCGAUCACUGGCUGGGCACCGAGUACCUGCACCUGCUGACCCAGCAGGGCACCUACAAGGCUCGCUUCGUGGUGCGCAACAAAGCCAACGUCACUCACUCCGCCGAGUACGACAUCUUCAGGGUGGAGAGCGAGGCCAGCGGGUACCCGCUGAGGCUGGGCCGCUUUUCUGGGGACGGGGACGACUAUCUGACCGGCUACCACCCCAAGAAGGGAGGCAUACACGACAACAUGAAGUUCAGCACCACCGACAAGGACCAGGACCAGUACAGUGGGAACUGCGCCAACUACUACGGGGGCUGGUGGUACGACAAGUGCCAGAACGUCCUGCUCAAUGCCAAGAACCACAUCCUGUGGCCAGGCUUCUGCGACAACGGCGACUGCUCCUCCUCCCUCAUCCUGGUCAAACCCACCGACGUGUGCUGA